CUUUCAUGUCUUACUCUCUCACUCUGACCUCUCGACUUCACUCACUCACGUCCUCGUCGUCCAGAACGUCUUUCGUUCUUUCUUUCUUUUUCCUUUGCCUCCCUCCCUACGAAUGAGCAGAAGUUGGUCCCCGUCCUUGUGCCAUUCCUUCCCCCAGACUACGAUUAACUAGUAUUACACUACUCCGACUAUCAUCCAUAGCGCGCGGGCGGGUCCUGCAAUUCCGCCGAAGAUCCCUUGGGCGUACUUGAUCCAUGAUGCGCCCCAAACCGGCGUCUUCCCUUCAGAAGACCUACGAUGACUGUUAUCUGAUGUGCUCGACUGCCGUCUACUUCGAAGGACAGAACAACGAAGAAGAAGCUUUGAAGUCUUGGCGCUCCGCCCUCGAAACCAUUUACUACCAUAACGCCUAUCGGGUACCCUCCAAGUACACCCCCAAGAACGAAACUGAGAAGGCGCUUCAGGAUUCCAUCCGCCAGUUAGAACUCCAAUGUCGGGAGCGUGUCGAUCUACUCGAGGCCCUCCGUGAGAGCAGAAAGGAUACGUCUGGUAAAUCUCCUCCGUUCACCACUGGUUAUCGCGGUUGGAUUGGAGAGGGAACUGUCCCCGCGGUCGGAUAUACCGAUCUAUCUAAACCGCCCACUAUCCCCGGACGCCCGCCACCACCCGUUAACACCACUAGCUCGGAAUCUACUGCAAACGAGACCGGUUCAUCAACCUCAAUGGCGGGUCGUCCCGGAUUGCACAAGACGCAAUCCUCUUCGGCAAAGACAACGUCUUCCCGCAAUUCUAGCCCCGAGCGUCGGAAAGCGAUGCCGUCCACACUGCGCAACGCCGAUCUGAAGAAACCCGUCAAAAAGAAAAUUAGUCCGCGACGGAAAGACCUGCGGCCAGCCGCAGCUUCUCAAGCCGCGGGUCUGGCCUGGGGAAGUCUUUAUCGCACUCCAUCGUCAGAGAAGGCCGUCAGCGACGCUGCCCUAGCGUCCUCCCGUUUGACCGUGGCGAAUGAUCCCAGUUUUCGAAAGGAACCAACACCGCCCCGUUCGAAGUCUGGCGAUGGGGUCCCCCCACGGAGAAGCGUGCCUCCAGAGGAUUCCGGAGAGGAGCGUCGCUCGGCGAGGAAACUUCGCGUCCCCGGUCAGACACCGCGACGAUCACCGGCGAAGUCUACUCCCGCACCAACUUUGACACCUACAUCCACCCCUCAGGCUCCGGCUGGCGUCCAGCAGCCAUCAGCCAACCGUACCCAUUCCGCUUCUGUAUCGAAGGGCUCCAAUGAUACAGUUCAGCCACGCGCCUCCCCCCGGCCUUCUGUCAAACCAAAGCCUGUAGCGUUGAGGGCGACUUACCAGCCGCCAACACCCUCUGGAGGAUCCGCGGGGGUUGCAGAUACCUCGAACAACCUGCAGGCUGGGUCUGCAAGGACACCGCGGAGAAUCACCCCUGCUUCCACUGGUGAAGAUGCGUUGAGCGACAGUAUAGAUCGUAUGUCAAUCUCCCGAACGAGCCCCGAACGACGGCCUACUCCGCGCAUCAGGCGUGCUAUCACCCCGCCGUCAUCUAGCGAUCCCGAAUCUCUUGGCCCCAAAUCAACGGAUGCCGAUGAGGACGAAGUGGAAGUUGAGGAUGAGGAUGACGCGAUUAUGGAUAUACUGAACAAGCUCCCGAAAGGGGUGGAUGUGGCAACCGCCCGACAGAUCCUCAACGAUAUUGUAGUUCGUGGGGAUGAAGUACACUGGGAUGACAUUGCUGGUCUAGAUGGGGCCAAAAAGGCCCUUAAAGAAGCGGUCGUCUAUCCAUUUCUCCGGCCAGAUCUUUUCUCUGGUCUGCGCGAACCAGCCCGCGGUAUGCUCCUCUUUGGACCUCCAGGAACAGGUAAGACGAUGCUUGCGCGCGCUGUAGCUACGGAAUCCAAAUCGACAUUCUUCUCGGUUUCCGCAUCCACACUGACCUCGAAGUGGCACGGUGAGAGCGAAAAGCUUGUCCGCGCCCUGUUCAGUCUGGCCAAGGCGCUGGCGCCGUCGAUCAUCUUCGUGGACGAAAUCGACUCACUCUUAUCCGCUCGCUCGUCCGGCACUGAGAACGAGGCUUCAAGACGCUCAAAGACCGAAUUCCUGAUCCAGUGGUCAGAUCUGCAGCGCGCUGCAGCAGGCCGUGAAUCGCCGGGCAGGGACAAGAAGUCCGGCGGGGACCCCAGCCGGGUCCUCGUCCUCGCCGCCACAAAUAUGCCCUGGGACAUCGAUGAGGCUGCGCGCCGUCGCUUCGUCCGCCGACAGUAUAUCCCUCUUCCAGAACAUCACGUCCGCGAACAACAACUCCGGACAUUACUAAGUCACCAGGUGCAUGACUUGACAGAUCAAGACAUUAACGCUUUAGUCCAACUCACAGAAGGCUUCUCCGGCUCCGACAUAACAGCCCUCGCCAAAGACGCCGCAAUGGGUCCCCUCCGCAACCUCGGCGAAGCCCUCCUCCACACCCCCAUGGACCAAAUCCGCGCCAUCCGAUUCCAAGACUUUGAAGCCAGUCUCUCCUCCAUCCGACCCAGCGUCAGUCGGGACGGACUAAGAGAAUACGAAGAUUGGGCCCGACAAUUCGGCGAGCGAGGUGGAUAGACCUUCCCCCCCUUUCCUACCCUCUGUAUCUCUUCUCAUUUUUCUUUUCUUGUUUCCUUAUGAUUCAUCUUUGGGACCGUUGCAUGCAUGGAACUUAAGUGGCUGGGGGAUCGGCUUGAAUGGGCGAAUUGGGUUUGAUACGAUACGAUACGAUACCUUGGGCUAUGGUUUCUUCGGUCUGCUCUGCGUUAUGUGGGUAUGGUAUGAGAGUCAUGAUUAUGAAUUGUCUGUUGGAUGAAUGCGACGCUUGGAAAGGCAUAUAUUGUACGUAGUGAAUGAACCUGGUCGGGAACACAGACCACACAUAUCCUUAUAAAUGGAUACAGAUGAUUGAGUACC